AUGAGCCGCCUCACGGACGCUAUCAGCGCCGACCACCGAGAGCUGCAGGCCUACUACGAUCGCCUCGUCAACAGCGAUGAUCCUGAUGAGCAAACCCGCUUCCAGAACCAGUUGACCUGGGGACUCGCUCGGCAUGUCGUGGGCGAGGAGCUCGUGCUCUUCCCAGCCCUCGACCGAUACUUGGGCGAAGGUGAAGCCACUUCGGAUCGGCGCCAACAUCAGACCAUUAAAGAAAAGCUCCAGAUCUUUCAAAACCUCGAGGCCUCCGAUCCUCGAUUCGUCCCCACCAUGACGAUUCUCAUGGACGAUCUCGCGUCCCACGCCCAAACCGAAGAAACCAAAGAUCUCGUCAAGCUGGAAGGCGCCAUCACGGCCGAGGAGAGCCGGCGCCUCGCCAGGUCCUUUGGUCGCACCAAGUGGUUCGCACCAAGUCGCGCCCACCCGAACCUCCCGAAUCCGCCUUACCAGACGGUUGUUGGACUGAUGGCCGCGCCGGUGGAUUACUUGCAGGAUUUGUUUCGCAAAUGGCCUGAUCCCGAGGAUCUCCCGCGCUCAGAAUAG